CUCACCAAAUCUACCCUGACAUACACGCACGCCUUUUUUCUGGCAGCAGUGCAAGCUUCACCCUUACCCCGCGUCGGCAUCCUUUCUGCAACAAGUAUGGCGGUCGGGAAUGUAGCAUAUAUUGCGGUGGUUGUCGAGGCGAUCAUCGCGGUCACAGAGACGGGAAAUCGCGCUUCUCUCCUACCGUCGCUGAAGAAGCAGCUGCCAAGGAUGAAGAGCAAGCUGCGGUCGGCGAUACAGACCGGAGUCGAGGACGGCUCGCUAGCGAAGGCGAUCAGGGGCAGCAGGGACUCUCGACGACAUGGUCCCCUUGGGAGCUUCCUCCGGACUAUCUUGCUUAUUGCCUACAAGCUCGGCUCCGCAGGAGGAAAGACGUCAACAUCAUCUGUCGCCAAGAGGAAGAUGAGGACCGUCGUCACCAGGAGAAAGGCCGUCGUCACCAGGAGAAAGGCAGUAGUCGUGAGAGCGAGCAAAUCCGCCACCGCCGCUAGGAGAAACAACGCCUCGAAGAAGAAGACUAGGGUUUCCACGUCGGCGAAGGCGCCCUCCACCGCCGUCUCGAACGCUGGCAAGAUCGCUGCUGUACUUUGGCCCGGGUGGCGGACCGCUAACCCCGCCAAAAAGACCGCUUCCGUCAAGAGAGCCGGGAAGCCGGCAACGGUAGUGUCGAGACGGACAGCGUUAGCAGCCGGGAAAAAGAGGGCUGCGGUAGCGAGGAGGAAGACCGUAACCAAGGGGGGGACCGUCGCAAAGAUCAAGGCAACAACGAGCAAGAAGGUUGCCAAGGGAUGAGGCGGUGUGUGGGGAGCCGGGAGUGUGCUGUGUGGCUGGACUGGCCAUUGGCGGUGAUCUUGCUGGGGCAGGAGAAUAGCGAUGUUUGUAGAGUAGUUUCUGGUCUCUCGAAGAGGGCAUACGCACGUUUGGAGAAGCGAUCAGAUGGAUGCUAUGUGAUGAGCGCAUAAUGGUCAAGAUGCGACCUUUUGUCGACAGCUAUCACGGGUAGAGAGAGAUCUCGUGGACGGCGUUGUUGAUCCCGGAGAGCUAUCUCUUGCGUCUUCGUGAGAGCCAGAGAUUCUGGAGAUCUCUUGCGUCUUCGUGAGUGGUGGGCAUGAGCAACCACGUUUCAUGUAUAGUCUAGACUAAGAAAUCCGGAGUAUGUGCAUUCAUCAUGGUGGUAAUGAGUGGUACAACGGUCCCUCGUCACUUUAAAGCAGACAACAAGCAGAGUAUGCCGAGGAUCUGCCCCUACUUGUUGUGGCAUGUCGUUCUUAGGGAUAAGAGGAUAUUGUUGGUGGACAUCCUUGACUACAUAGCACUGAACUGUGACUCAGGCUCCUAAAUAGUGAAGCAGUGGGAUCUGCUUCCGUGUUGUUGUUGUACGUCAACGUUUUUUUCGCCCUGCCGUUCGUUGUUGUUGUU